GGCAAGGGGCGGGGUUGAGCGUCGUCGGCCUGUCCAGGCCUUUACUCUGUUUCCGCUUUUUCAUGAUAACGGGGAGCUUCCGUCAAUACUUGUUCUCUUUCCUAGUUCUGGGAGCCCCGGGAGUCAGGGAGGGAAAGGCCGCUUGCAGGGAUCGGGGCAAAUACCCAGGGCGGGGAGGCGGGACUUCCGCGUCCCUCCGGAAGUGACGCGAUAGUCGCGGCCGCCGACAGGUGGACCGGCAGGUGGGUUCAGGUGCCAGCCUGGCCCAGACCGGCUGUGGGAUCGACGCUUCCGGUGAGCGACAGAGGCAGCUCCCAAGGGCCUGGAGACCCGUGGGUGCGGGCUCUCGAAUCUGAGCUCCUCGCCCUAGCCUGGAUCCCCCACUGUACCUAUUCCCCAUACCCCUGCCGAGCUGGGCAGUUAGCCAGCCCACCGAAACUCUCGGAACCAUGUUUGCAGACUUGGAUUAUGACAUCGAAGAAGAUAAACUUGGAAUCCCUACUGUGCCUGGGAAGGUGACCCUGCAGAAGGAUGCCCAGAACCUGAUUGGGAUCAGCAUUGGAGGAGGAGCCCAGUACUGUCCCUGCCUGUACAUCGUCCAGGUGUUUGACAACACCCCAGCAGCGCUGGACGGCACCGUAGCAGCCGGCGAUGAGAUCACUGGUGUCAAUGGCAGAUCAAUCAAAGGAAAAACUAAGGUGGAGGUGGCCAAGAUGAUUCAGGAGGUGAAGGGGGAGGUGACGAUCCACUACAACAAGCUGCAGGCAGAUCCCAAGCAGGGCAUGUCCCUGGACAUUGUGUUGAAGAAGGUGAAGCACCGGCUGGUAGAGAACAUGAGUUCGGGGACCGCAGAUGCUCUGGGCCUGAGCCGGGCCAUCCUGUGCAAUGAUGGGCUUGUCAAGAGGCUUGAGGAGCUGGAGCAGACCGCCGAGCUGUAUAAAGGGAUGACAGAACACACCAAGAAUCUCCUACGGGCCUUUUAUGAGCUGUCUCAGACGCACCGGGCCUUUGGGGACGUGUUCUCCGUGAUCGGGGUGCGGGAGCCCCAGCCAGCUGCGAGUGAGGCUUUCGUGAAGUUUGCCGACGCCCACCGCAGCAUCGAGAAGUUUGGCGUCCGGCUGCUGAAAACCAUCAAGCCGAUGCUGACAGACCUGAACACGUACCUCAACAAAGCCAUCCCAGACACUCGCCUCACCAUCAAGAAGUACCUGGACGUGAAGUUUGAGUACCUGUCAUACUGCCUGAAGGUGAAGGAGAUGGACGACGAGGAAUACAGCUGCAUUGCCCUAGGGGAGCCCCUGUACCGCGUGAGCACAGGCAACUACGAGUACCGCCUGAUCCUGCGCUGCCGCCAGGAGGCCCGCGCCCGCUUCUCCCAGAUGCGCAAGGAUGUGCUGGAGAAGAUGGAGCUGCUGGAUCAGAAGCACGUCCAGGACAUCGUGUUCCAGCUGCAGCGCUUCGUGUCCACCAUGUCCAAGUACUACAACGACUGCUACGCAGUGCUGCGUGACGCCGACGUCUUCCCCAUCGAGGUGGACCUGGCCCACACCACGCUGGCCUACGGUCUCGGCCAGGACGAGUUCACUGACGGCGAGGACGAGGAGGAAGAUGACGAUGAGGACACGGCAGCCAGGGAGGCGUCCAGGGAUGCGCGAGGGGCUGCUGGGCCCCUGCACAAGGGUGGAAGCUGGUGUGACUCCUGAGUGCCCCCUUAGGGUGCAGCUCUUGGGGGUAGGGUGAGUGGGAGGAUGGCAGCAUGGGAACGGGGGUGGGGCCGCUGCACAACAGGGUGGCGCAUAAAGGCCUGCUGGCUUGGGGCGCCUGCCUCCCUGCUCCUCUGUCCUAGCACAGCGAACCCGGGCUCCUGCCCAGGAAAGGCACUGGGGCCAUGGCCUGGGACCUGGACACUGGCCCCCUCCACCUCCCCUUCCCACCUCCCCAGCCAGUUGGAGAGCUUGGUCUUUGGACCUGCCUUAGGAAGGAGAGAGGGCAGAAAGAAAGAGGGGUUGGAAGUGGCAGGAAGUCCAGGGCCCAUUCCUCGUGGGCACCUCCACUGGCCCCGGGAGUGGGGGCCGCAGGUGGACAGCCGAGGUUGGGGCCAAUGUUUCGUGUACACCCUCACCUCACCCUAGGCUGGCCCCAGUCCAGUCCACACUCACCUUGGCGGCCUUUAUUUAUUUUAUUCCACAGCUCAGCACUUCCCUGGGGAAGGGCUGGGCGCUGGGGCCUGUAUUGAAUAAACACACACCCACAUGGAGCCUGGCUCUUUGCAGUGGCCUCAGACCCUCUCUCCCCUUGACACCCCCUUUUCUGCCACCCUGAUCACAAGGGAGGGGGCAACAAGGUUUCCCAAUGUUCCUUUUAUAGCACUGACUCCUUAGAGCAGCCCUGUGGGUUAGCACUAUUGUCCGCAUUUACAGAUGGGACACUGAGGCUCAGAGAAGAGUCUUGCUCAAGGUCACAUGGUGUACAGGGGCAGAGCGGGAUGUGGACGCAGAUCCGUCAUUUUCCCUGCCUCCCAGGCUUCCUGCUCUGUGGGGCCAUUUAUGUUCUCCCUCAUCUUUGAUCCUUCAGUGCUUCUGGCCACAGAUUAAACCUUUAUUUGGUGAAGAGCAGGACAGAGACUGGGUCAGAAGGACCCGAGGCCCCAGACUGGCAAGAGAGUAUCCAGGGUGCCCCAGGCCUGUCCUGCCAGGGCCGUGGGGAGGAGCCCAGCAGACGGAGCCUCGCUCGUAUUCUGUGUCUUUGCAAAGUGGUAGAAGUAGGGCGGCUGUGUGUCCAGCUUCACCUGCACAGUCCCAGUCCACUCCUGUGGUCCUAGUGUAAUUAUUAAUGGUGGCUGUUUUCACUCUCAAA